AUGACAGAUCUGAGAGCAAUGUUCGCUCGACUGAGUCUUUUUGACUAUGGGAGUUUAUUGGCAGAACUUCAGGUUAGACGGACAUGGAUUGAUCGGAUCAAAGAUAAGCAAGUGGGGGCUAAGUCUCUUGAAUUGUGUUUUCGUCAGGCUAAGAGUGGUACUACUAUAGAUUUUAGGAUUAAUAAGGAUGGGGUAUUGUGUUUUCGCGGUCAGAUUUGUGUAUCGAAUUAUGAGGAUUUGAGACUGUCGAUUCUGAGGGAGGCGCACAAUAGCCCUUAUGCUAUGCGUCCUGGCAGAAAUAAAAUGUACCAAGAUCUACGAGAAUUAUACUGGUGGCUAGGGUUGAAGCCUGAGGUUACUGACUUUGUUGUUCACUGUUUGACAUGUCAGCAGGUUAAGGCUAAGCAUCAGUUACCUUUGGGGUUGUUGUAG